AUGACGCCAGAUGAAUUUAGUGUCGAUGUUCUCAUUGUUGGCGCAGGCCCUGCAGGACUCAUGGCCGCGACUUGGAUGGCACAGACAGGAAUCAAGGCCAUGCUAAUUGACAAAAAGGCGCAGAGGACCCAGGUCGGGCAUGCAGAUGGGGUAGAAAGCCGCACAUUAGAGAUACUAGACAGUUUCGGACUAGCAGAAUCCAUCUACAGGGAUGCCAAUCUCACUAUUGACUUGUGCUUGUGGAAUGAGUUGGAGAAUGGUGACAUACAACGUCAAGCGCAGCUCAACAAUGUAAGCCCAGGACUUUCCCGGUAUCAAGAAGCCACUUAUGGGCAGGGGAAGCUUGAGGAGAUCUUUUUGCAAUUUCUUCAAUCUCAUAGCUCAGUCGAGGUUCGAUGGAACACGUCGCCUGUCAAAUUGGAUAUUUUGCAAAAAUGCACAGACUAUCCUGUGAGAGUGAUGAUACAAACAAAACAAGCGGAUGCAGAGUGUACCUCGGCCGUGGUAAAUGCCAGAUACGUGGUUGGUUGCGAUGGAGCCCGAAGUUGGGUCCGAACGAGGCUCGGUCUUAAGCUCGAGGGAGAUCACAUGAACGAGAGUUGGGGAGUUAUUGAUGUGAUACCUGUGACCGAUUUUCCCGACAUCCGCAAAAGAUGCAUCAUAAAAUCCAAGGCUGGCCAUAUGAUGAUUAUACCUCGGGAAGAAAGACUGGUUCGGUUUUAUGUUCAGCUUUCUCCCAGAGCCGCCGCGCUAUUCAAGGCAGACUACCAUCCGAAGACCCUGGUAACCAUCGUGAAAGAUAUCCUCCGUCCGUAUAUCUUCGAGGCGCCAUGCAUUGAAUGGUCGACCAUAUACACAGUUGGGCAAACACUGUGUCCCACUCUGUCGAAAUAUAACCGAGUGUUCCUGGCCGGUGAUGCGGUACACACCCAUUCGCCCAAGGCUGGAAAGGGCAUGAACGUCAGCAUCCAAGACACGUUCAAUCUAGGCUGGAAAUUAGCUUCUGUGAUUAAAGGAAAGGCCACACCCAACAUUUUGCAUACAUACGAGGCCGAGCGUCGUGCGGUCGCGAUGCAGCUAAUCGCCUUUGAUAAACGAAUGGUCAUGGGGAUUGGUGAAAAAGAGCCAACGUCAGAUACCAUCGGACAAAACGGGGGUACCCUUCGCGCAACUCUCGAGGAGGAAAAUACCUCUCAGUCUGGGUCACAGGCCUGCUAUCAACCCGGUCUGCUUGUAACACAAGCAUGGGACAACAGACGAACUCGGAAGGGCCAGGUGCUAGAGUCGAUGCUCCCACACAGCAAAACCAAUCUCGCCACAAAUAUUGUUGUGGGUGCAAGAAUACCGAGUGCAGAAGUCUUGUGCCAGAGCGACUCUCGCCCUCAUCAUAUCCAACGACUGCUUUGGAGUACUGGAGGGUGGUACUUGCUAGUUUUUGGCGGUGAUAUAUUGGAGAAGUCUCAAAUGAGUCGGCUCCAACAUCUUGGCUUGCGGCUUGGGCGAAAAGACUCUCUCAUGAAUAGAAUCAAUCAGCAGAGUGAUCCAGUCGGUAGGAUUACGACUUACCUAUUUCACUGUGCCCCCCGAGACAAGGUUGUGUUAAUGGAGUUACCGCAGGUCUUCAGACCGUUUGACAGAAAGCUUGGAUAUGAUUAUUGGAAAGUUUUUGCCGAUAAUCAGCCAUAUAGCGAGGAACGUGGAUCUGCUCAUGAGUUUUAUGGGGUCUCGGCGGAAGGGUGUAUGGUCCUCGUGCGUCCUGACCAACAUGUUGCAUUUAUUGGGUCAUUGAAAGACUUGCAUGAGGUCGAAAGGUUUUUAAGAAGCUUCAUGCUUGUUAGUAUAGAAUGA